AUGCCCUACUCAGAAACUAGAACUGACAGUACUGGCGUUGCGGUGCAACCACCGCUAUCGCAAGCAGUCGGAUAUGUAAUUGUUGUUGUCGUCGGGAUGGUUAUUGCGAUUGUCAUGAUGUUUACCACGCGACUACUAAACAAAACCCUCGGUGAAGACAACACAAAGACUGAGAUGUUCAUGACUGCCAACCGCACAGUUCGGACUGGUCUCACUGCCUCUGCGGUGGUAUCUUCCUGGCUUUGGUCCACUGCGCUCCUCGGCUCCAGUCUCGUCGGAUACAACUACGGCGUGGCCGGCCCGUUCUGGUUCGCCGCCGGAUGCAGCCCUAUGAUCGUGUUCUUCGCGUUACUGGGUGUAUCCUGUAAGCGCAAAAUUCCGGAGGCGCACACCUCAUUAGAAGUCGUGCGGGUACGAUACGGGCGUGUGGCACAUGUAGUGUUUAUGAUUCUGUGUCUUAUCAACAACAUAUUUGCCUGUGCAAAUAUGCUGUUGGGUGCUUCGGCGGUUAUUUCUGCUAUGACCGGGAUGCAUGUCAUAGCAGCAACAUUCUUACUACCUCUAGGUGUGUCACUGUACACCUUUGUCGGAGGGAUCAAGGCAACCUUUCUUACGGACUACUUUCAUACUAUCGUUAUCGUCUUCGUCGCAUGCUACUUUUCAAUCAAGGCUUUCACUUUCAGCGCAGUCGGAUCUGCUGGACAUCUGUAUGAUCUUGUUCAGGCUGCUGGUGCACGGAACCCGGUGCCAGGGAAUGCCCAGGGAGCAUAUUUGACAAUGACUUCGAAGGAUGCAAUUCUAUUUGGUAUUAUCCACAUCUGUGGGAACUUUGGCCUGGUGAUUAUGGACACUAGCUACUUUAUCAAAGCUUUCGCUGCUUCCCCAGAUGCAGUCGUCCCAGGGUACACUAUUGGAGGAGUUGCCUACUUCGCUAUACCAUGGGCAUUGGGUACGAUUAUGAGUUCUGUUGCCGUUGGGUUGGAGAAUAGCCCUGUCUUCCCUACAUACCCUAGGCGUAUGACACCAUCCGAAGUGAGCUCCGGUCUCGUUUUGCCAUACUCAGCCUUGACCAUCGCCGGCAGCGGAGGAGCCGCUGCCGUUAUCCUGAUCACAUUUAUGGCAGUAACAUCCACACUUUCCGCACAAGUCAUUGCCGUGAGCUCGAUUAUCAGUUUUGAUAUAUACCGGGAGUACUUCAAUAAGUCAGCAUCGGAUAGGCAGAUCAUCAGAUGGAGUCACUUUGGUGUUGUUUUCUUCGCCUUGUUUUCUGCUGCAUUUAGUACCAUGUUGUAUUAUGUCGGUGCGGAUUUGCAGUGGACAUUAUAUAUGCUUGGGGUCGUUACAUGCCCCGGUAUCUUCCCCAUGGCCUUCACCGUCCUCUGGCGUCGCCAAAACACGCCCGCCGCCAUUCUUGCUCCUUUACUGGGUCUUGCAACAGGAUUGGCCGUCUGGUUGAGCACUUCCCAUCGCUUUUAUGGUGCAGUUACAGUCUCCUCCACAGGCCAAGUUCUUCCCUGUGUGUACGGCACUGUCGCUUCAGCAUUCUCGCCAAUCCUCUAUUCUGUUAUCAUAACAUAUCUCACUGGGCCGCAGAGCUAUGACUGGGCAGACUUCAAAAAGGAGCAUCUUGCGCUUGAAAAGUUGGAGUCGGAUUUGACUACGACUCAUCACGUGUUCAAUAGUCCGCAUGAGGAUCAGCAGCUACACCAACGGGGUAACGAGGAGCUGGCUUCGGCUGCAAAUAAUGCAAAGGAGCUCAAGCGCUGGGGCCGAAUCGCGGCCUUUUGGUCUCUUGCGACAUUUUUGGGCCAUUGGGUUAUUUGGCCAUUGCCAAUGCGGGAAGGGAAGCGCAGGCUACUUCUGAUUUAUAUCCAUGGCUUCUUGGGGUCAGAGGACAGCUUUUGUCAGUUUCCUGGGAUGGUGCAUGACUUGCUGACGGUCUCCCUGGCGGAGACCCAUGUUGUGUACUCGAAAAUAUAUCCACGCUACAAAACCCGGGGACCUUUACAAAAGGCUCGCGAUGGUAUCAGCCAGUGGUUAUCUCCGCACGAGGCGUCGGACUUGGAUGUCAUAUUCCUUGGCCACAGUCUAGGGGGUCUUAUCGCUGCAGAGGUUGCCCUCAUGACAUCUCGUACGGCCUCUGGUCAGAAUGAAGGGAAGGACCUGAGACAUAACAUUGUCGGCCUGGUAGCGUUCGAUGCACCAUUCAUUGGGCUUCAUCCACGCGUUGUUGGAACGGGAAUCGGCAGGKCAUUUCAUCCCAAAGCAGAUACGAACAAUGGCAAAGAUCAGGAAGCUUCCGUACGCGACACAAUCGCCAUCAACGAUGCGACAUUCAACCCGGUCUUGACAAACGACGUGAACAGGCCCCGGUGGAAAGGUUGGGAAGGAGCCCGCCACUUCUUUGCGAAGCAUUCACGUCAUUUAUCCCGUUCGGCACUCCAGUAUGUAUUCUCAUACUAUGACCAUGCCGGUUGCCUUCACGAUUAUUUUGGUCUCUUAAGACGACAUAAGAGACUCUGUCGUAUGGCCAGAGUUGACGAAAUACCUGGUCCCAGUUCGAGUGGCGGGCAGAUCCGAUUCGUCAACUAUUACACGAUUGCCUUCCCUGUUAAGAAAAAGCUGGACAGUGACACCGACAGGCAAAAGAGACUGUGGAAUGAGAGACAUUUUACCUGUCGCGAGACUACGGAACUACAUGAGGAUUUCAUAGAGUGUCAACACCCUACAACUAUGAUACCUGGACGGCGAGUGACAGGAACGGACGGCGACUCAUUUGGCUCGGCGAUAGAUCCAGUAUUGUCUCCCCCCGACGUUGACAGUAGUUCUCCUCCAAGCUCGCACGAUGCAAAUGAACGUGGAAACAGACGCGGUGAUUUAAGUUCUGGUUCGAGAUCAGGGGGCCGGCACUUCUGUCUUGUUUCGAAUGAAGCCUGCAAAAAGCAGCUAUGGGUUCCGCUCUUCAUGGAAGGGAUGGAUGAAAUCACCGCCCAUCAGUCCAUGUUCCUUCCUCUUGGCAUAUACUACGAGCAGCUAAUUGCGGACGUCGUGGCACGACUUCAAAACUGGCUAGUGUGA